AUGGCGGUCAAGAUGCUGAAGGAAGAGAAUGGCACCAGCAGAGACCCCGCCCCAGCGCCCGGCUCCCAGCUCCGCACCCCGGACGCUGAGCCCCUGCUGGCCCAGGAGAAGCCCCCGCCCUUGCCGAGUCCCCGACUGUGCCCGUCCCAGCUCCGGGGCUCCCGGGCACAGCCACAGCAGGGGCGGCUCUCGGCGCUGGGUCCUAAGCCGUCUUUCCCGGCCGCGCCCACCGCGGCCACCAGAGUCCCCAAAGCUCUGCAGUCUGCGUCCCCAUCGCUCAGGGCCCGCCGGGCGGACGGGCUGGGAACGAGGCCCCAUCUGGUUGUCACAACCAGCAACUCAGUGCGCGGUCACCGGGGGACAGAGGGCCAGAGACCCCCGCCCAUCUUCAGGCCUUUGCAUCACACCCUCUUCCAACCGCUCCCCAAAGUCCUCAUUUGGUCGCAGUGGGCAGGAAAGCGCUCCCAGGGCAGCUGCAUCAAACGCAUACGGGGACCCGCUCUCCAUAAACCCGAGUUCUACCCCACUCGGGGCCCCUGUCUCCGGGCUGGGUCUCCUAGCCGGUGCUGGCAAAGCCCUGAUGCAUCUACGCAGCCCGGACCCAUCUACACAGCCCCACAGGGUCUGUGCAGCCCGACCCCAUCGUCACAGCCCGCCGGGUCUACACAGCCCGGUCCUGUCUACGUAGCCCGACCCUGUCUACACAGUCCAGUCACAUCUACACAGCCCCGUAGCGUCUACACAGCCCAGCCGCGUCUCUGCAGCCUGGUCCCGUUUGGACAGCCCCGCAGGGUCUCCACAGCCCGACCCUGUCUACAUAGCCCAGCCGCGUCUACACAGCCCGGCCGCGUCUAUGCAGCCCGGUCCCGUUUAGACAGUCCCGCAGUCUCCGCAGCCCGACCCUGUCUACACAGCCCCGCCGCGUCUACACAGCCCGACCGCGUCUAUGCAGCCCGGUCCCGUUUAGACAGCCCCGCAGGAGCUCCGCAGCCCGACCCCGUCUACACAGCCCGCCGCGUCCACACGGCCGGGGUCCGUGGCCAACUGAGGGGGAGCGAGGUGGGGGCUGCAGCGGACCCACUGUCGGGCCCCCCGGGACUCACCGCGCUCCGGGGCGCCGAGGCUGCCCCCGCUCCCGCCGGCUGGGACCCGGGCGCCGCAUCCGGGGUCUUUAGGGGCCACGGGCGGAGCGAGGCGGGGGCGGGGCCGGGGCGGCACCUGGCGCUCCCUCCCCAGCCCCGCCCCCCCCCGCCCCCCGCUCGGGCGGGCUCUGCGCACCCCGUCCCCUCCCGCGAGCCCAGGGCAGGGUGGCCCGGGGGAGGCUGCUUCGGGGUGGUGGAGCGUGGCAACGGCGAGGUGGGCGUUGCAGCAAAGGUGGGGAAGCAGGCCGGGAAGACGGGUCCCGGGGCAGGGCUGGGAGAGAACCUGCCGGACCGGAACGUCACGUCAAUGAGGCGGCCCGUGGACCCUCCACACCGGAUGACCAGGGGGCCUGACCCUGGACCCCAAGGUGACCAUGCCCCCUGGGGCUGCCCGGGGCCGGCCCUUCCCGCGGCGAGCGGGGCCGUGCGGACGCUGAGAGCUGAGCCCUGGCCUGUGCCCAUCCCCAGUCACAUCCCACAAAGCAGCACUACUGGGAUCCAGAGCGUGGCGGCCGUUUACUGGAACAGGGAGUCGGACACACAUGGGCAGGAGCUCCCGUCCCAGAGCAAGCAGCUCUGCCACUCACCUCCAGCCCCACGAGCCCCGGGCACCCAGAAGCGGGGCCCAGACCCCACAUCCGCCCCUUCCCCACCCAGCGGGGGCCAACAGCUCUAG